UCCUUCCAAUAACCAGACCUCCAUGACCGAUUUCAACUCCAAAUUCGAGAGAGAUUUGAGUUGAAUCAACCAUGGCAACUGCUCCCAACAGCUACCCAUCUAUCUGUGCUUCCCCGCCAUUACCAAGAACGCUAAACUCAUCAACGAAACAAACCUUGUCUUUCGUUACCUCUCAGUUCAAGCAAACAUCACAUAAGAAUCCCCAAACACUAAGAUUUUCAAUCAGGUUAGGGAAUUCGAAUUUGGAGAAACAGUCGAUUUUGGUUGUUAGAGCAUCGGAGACCGACUCAUCAUCGACGGAAAACGGGGGAGAAGAAGAAGAGAGGUAUGAAGAGUAUGAGGUAGAGAUUGAGCAGCCUUAUGGUUUGAAAUUCGCAAAGGGUAGAGAUGGUGGAACCUACAUUGAUGCAAUUGCACCUGGAGGAUUUGCUGAUAAGACUAAGAUGUUCUCUGUUGGUGACAGAGUUCUUGCCACCAGUGCAGUAUUUGGAACAGAGAUAUGGCCUGCAGCUGAAUAUGGAAGAACCAUGUACACCAUUCGCCAAAGAAUCGGCCCUCUGCUUAUGAGAAUGCAAAAGAGAUAUGGGAAGAUGGAGGAUUCAGGCGAACUAACAGAAAAGGAGAUCAUCAGGGCCGAGAGAAAUUCUGGAGUAGUUAGCAGCAAAGUUAGGGAAAUCCAAAUGCAAAAUUACUUGAGGAAGAAGGAACAAAAGGAAACUCGAACAAGGGAUCUUCGUGAAGGCCUGCAGCUUUACAAGAGUGCCAAAUUCGAAGAGGCAUUGGAAAAGUUCGAGUCUGUUUUGGGGUCAAAACCAGAGCUUGAUGAAGCUUCGGUAGCAAGUUACAACGUUGCAUGCUGCUAUUCUAAGCUUAAUCAGAUACAAGCCGGACUUUCUGCUCUAAAAGAUGCUAUGCAAGCAGGAUACGAAGAUUUCAAGCGGAUCCGUACUGACCCUGAUCUAGAGAAUGUAAGGAAAUCCGAGGAGUUUGAGCCGUUGAUGAAAAAAUACGACGAGUCAUUUAUCAACGAGAACGCGUUAAAUGCGAUUAAAUCGUUGUUUGGGUUCAACAAGAGUUAGAAUCUACACGUGUUAGUGUGGUUAGACCCAAAUCAAACGGCCAUCAGGUUUUUGUUUAUAGAAUAUGUUCAUCCAUCUUGAAUGAAGUUCCAUAUUCUUUUUUUGUUUUGUUCAAUUGUGCAUAACAUUAAUUACCAUGAAAUCAACUUUAUAUUAUAAAUCUCGUCGGUUGGCGUC